AUGGGCUUCCUUGAUAUCGCCACUGAGAUCCGGCUCAAAAUCUAUUCAGAACUCCUUGUACUCUCGGAGCCGAUCCAAUUUGUAGCGGAUUACGGCCCUCUGUCGCCGCCUCUCUUCCGAUCUCGAAGGGAUGGCCUCUAUACAGCUAUCCUUCGUGUCAACAGAAUAGUGUACGGCGAGGCUAGUUCGCUACUUUAUUCAAACAAUCGCUUCCGAUUCCCUGAAGUAUAUGCUUCCACAUGGUCUGCGCCGACCCGUGCUCACAUUGCACCUUUUCUUAACCAAGUCGGACUGCAAGCAAGCCUUAUUCGCCAUAUCUACAUCCCCUUCCCCACCUUCAACUAUCCCCUGCCCGAUAAAGCUAGCCUUCACGAAGCGCAUAUCGAAAACCUAGAACUUAUUAAGAAGACUUGUACAAAACUUAAGACCCUCGAACUACUGAUUCCACCUGGACACUCCAACUACGGACUCGACGAUUGGCCGAUCGCAGCAGAGGCGUUAAAUAUACUCAACGCACAUAUUAGGACCAUUCAUUCCCUAGAAGAAAUCAUUAUAAAUUUCGAGGAGUACCCCGAAGAUGACCCUAGCGAUGACUUAACGAAGAAGAUGCACAAUAUUGGGUGGACUGUUAGGGUCAUAAGGCUUCCGAAGAGAGUUUGGAUCUCCUGUGAUGAUCGAGUCGAAUUCGACAACGAAGAAGACUGUAAUGCGUAUGACAAUGAACAGUUUCGAAUGGAGGAGGAGAUGGAAAAAGAGAAAGAAGAAAAAGAGUGGCUGGAGGAAUAUUAUCGUAGAAGACGUGACCCUUAUUGGAAGAAUGAUUCGGACUAUGACUGAAGAUAUAUGCACAUUUAUAG